CUUCAAUGAAUUAUUGCUUGAGCAGCACAAAUUGAGUUGACUAGUGAAAAACACUUUUUAAAACAGGAUUCUGAUUAUCAACCUUUUAUCUUGUGUGAUAUAAACAAAUCCAACAAUUGAGACUAAGAAGACUUCCUUAAACAUUAACAGCAUCAGACCCGUUAUUUUUAUGCACCAUUGCACAUGGUGCAUUAUAUUUAUAUAUAUCCACAGCAUCUCCACAUUCAUUACAUGCAUAUGCCAUUGCAUCCAAAACCAUUAUCAAAUUAUAACUUCCCUCAUUAGUUCAUAAUUAUGGCUCAAUCUCUAGUAUUCAAAGUGAAGAGGUGUGCCACUGAAUUUGUAAGACCAUCAAAACCAACACCUCAUGAAAUAAAAUUACUUUCAGAUAUAGAUGACCAAGAAGGAUUACGUUAUCAAACUCGUUUGAUACAAUUUUACAAGUAUGAUCCAAAUAUGGCAGGGAAAGACCCUGUUGAUAUUAUUAGAAAAGCAUUAGCAAAAACACUUGUGUUUUAUUAUCCAUUUGCAGGUAGAUUAAGGGAAGGUCCAAGUAGGAAACUUAUGGUGGAUUGUAAUGAUGAAGGUAUUUUGUUUAUUGAAGCUGAUGCUGAUGUUACUCUUGAACAAUUUGGUGAAGAUCUUCAUCCUCCAUUUCCUUGCAUAGAUGAGCUUCUUUAUGAUGUUCCUGGUUCUUCAGUUGUGCUUAACACUCCAUUGCUGCUUAUUCAGGUAACGCGUCUCAAGUGUGGUGGUUUCAUAUUUGCUCUUCGUCUAAACCAUACAAUUAGCGACUCAUCAGGUUUAUUUAAAUUCUUAAGUGCCUUAGGAGAAAUAUCUCGCGGAAUGAACGAACCUUCAAUCUCACCGGUGUGGUGUAGAGAGCUUCUAAAUGCAAGGAACCCACCAAGAAUUACGUGUACUCAUCACGAAUAUGAAGAAGUACCACGAAACAAAGGAACGGUCAUUCCCUUAGACGACAUGGUUCAUCACACUUUCUUCUUUGGUCCCACCGAGGUAGCUGCAAUUCGUUCUCUCCUUCCGGUUCAUCCACUACAACAACACACCGACUUUGAAAUCAUCUCUGCAUUUUGUUGGCGUUGUCGUACAAUAGCAUUACAACUAGAUACUAACGAAGAAGUUCGUUUCAUCUGCGUAGUUGAUGGACGUAGUAAAUCAGUUAACCUACAAUUACCGAAAGGUUACUAUGGUAACGCUUUAGCAAAUUCAGCUAUGGUAACAACCGCGGGAAAACUUAUUGAAAAUCCAUUGGCGUACGCGUUGAAUUUAGUUAAGAAAGCAAAAGCUAAUGUCACCCAAGAGUACAUGCAUUCGAUUGCGGAUUUAAUGGUUAUCAAGGGUCGACCUCACUUUAAUGUAGUAAAAUCCUAUCUUGUUUCUGACGUGACACGCGGCGGGUUUGAGAAGGUUGAUUAUGGUUGGGGGAAACCCAUCUAUGGAGGACCAGCUAGAGGAGCAGAUGGUGAUAUUCCUGGUCUUGCUAGCUUUCAUAUACCUUUCAAAAAUGCUAAAGGAGAGGAAGGUUUGGUUAUACCAUUUUAUUUUCCAAAUCAAGUCAUGGAGAGGUUUGUUAAAGAAAUGGAUAGUGUGCUUAAGAGUAACACUAACAAGCCUACUAAGUGUGAUAAAAAAUCCGGUAUCAUUGUUUCUUCAUUGUAGUCCUUUAAAAAGUGUUUGAACUUUUAAUUUCCAUGAAAAAAUUGAUCUUGGUUAAAACAACAUCAUGGUCAAUUUUAGUUUUUUUUUAUAGCAAUUUGAAGUUUUAGAUAUGUCUUCCUGAACCUUUUUUUUUUUUUGUAUUGAAUUAGUCAUUUAUUUAAAUGUGACAAA